AUGAUUGCUAAUGCUGGAGUAAACAUUAUUGUUCGUUGGACUAUAGGUGCCAGUAAUUGGACGCUGAUAGCCGGAAAUUCAAAUGGAACAAUUGGCAGUACAUCGACUAUGUUUUACUAUCCAGUUACUGUAACAUUCGACAGCUAUGGCAACAUAUAUAUGACUGAUACUUAUAAUCAUCGUAUUCAGUUUUUUUCUUCUGGUUCACAAACAGGUACAACAAUUGCUGGUGUUGUAGGCACACAAAGACAUAAUGAUACUCUACUUAAAUAUCCGUAUUUCGUCAUUCUUGACAAUAAUCUUAAUUUAUAUGUAGCAGACAAUGGCAAUCAUCGAAUCCAAAAAUUUUUACGCUACUAA